CGAUUCAACAACAAAGAAAAAUUCGAUUUCGUUAUUUGAUUUGUGUGUUUGUUUGUCUUUGUGAAAAUUGCAUCUAAUGAAAAACAACUUAGAAAUACACACGCAGCAGAAAAUCGUUACAAAAGAACGUAUAAUAUGGAUCCCAGUGCCACUUGUUAUGCAGAUGCUUUAGAUCAAAGUUUUUCAUCGAACAAUUCAGAAUCGAAUAUGUCUUCGACAACAACACCAGCUAUCGUUACAUCCCAACAAUCAACUUUACCGACAUCCAUUCAAGCUGCUGCAUCGAUGCUCACUCAACAGCAACAAAAACCUCAACAAGAUCAAUCCAUAUUAGCUGGACAACAAUUGUCAGCAAAUGUUGGUGAGGCCACCGUGAUAGGAACCAAUCAAGAUGGUACACCAAUCUAUUGGCAUGAACCAUUAAUACCGCCGGUUAAAGGAAUGGUACAACCAAUCACUGCACCACCGCCGGAUAAACCACAUCGUAAUACAAAUCAGCUACAAUAUAUGCUACGCAUAAUCAAUAGAAAUAUUUGGAAACAUCAAUAUGCAUGGCCAUUUCAAGAGCCUGUUAAUGCGGAAAAAUUACAGCUACCCGAUUAUCAUACAAUCAUUCGAAAACCAAUGGAUUUGGGAACGAUAAAAAAACGCUUAGAAAAUUGUUACUAUUAUUCAGCACAAGAAUGUAUAAAUGAUUUUCGUCUCAUGUUUAACAAUUGUUAUUUGUAUAAUAAGGAAGGUGAUGAUGUUGUUAUGAUGGCACAUAGUAUUGAAAAAUUAUACAAUUCAAAAUUAGCCGAAAUGCCUCGUGAAGAGAUUGAAAUACCUAUACAGGUAAAAGGCGCCAAAGAAAAAGGAAAAAAAGGUAAAGGAAAAUCAAAAACGAAAGGAGCAUCUGGGCCUAGAGUAAUCAAUACAAGUUCGCUACCAUUGUCAACGCCAAUAUCCACUGUUCCAAAGCAACCCAUAUCUUUAUAUCCUGUACAACCACAACAACAAGUACCCUCUAGACAGAUGAAUAAUAGUGGUCCGACAGUGGCACAAAAAAGUAAUGUUAGUCAAACAUCCAUUGUUCCAUCAACAGCAUCAACCGGUGGCAAAACAUCACUAACAACAACGCCUACAAUGGAUUCGAUUCUUAAUCAAAAUCCUCCUACGAUUUUACCGCCACAACAGUCUAAUAAUUUACCUCAACGUUCAAAUGUUGAUAUGAAUGCUAUUGGACAACAACAACAACAACAAACAUCAUUGUUGCAAGCAUCGCAACCACAACAACAACCUCCAUCGACAAAUUCUCAAUAUCUCAAUUCUAGCCCAACAACUGUGAUCCCAGUCAAUUCGACAGCAACCAAAACGCCUAAGAAAGGUGUAAAAAGAAAAGCCGAUACUACAACAUUGGAAUUAGAAUCAUCGGGUAAUUUUGCGACCCAUAUUGUCGCCGAAGAUAUUAAACCAUCGACAAUGAAAACACGAAGAGAAAGUGGUCGACCGAUAAAGAAACCGUCGAAAGAAUUACCUGAUAUCGGUAUUCAAAAACAAUCAUCAUCAAAAGUGAAAAAAGGAAAAUUAUCCGAACAAAUGAAAUAUUGUGGAACGAUUCUGAAGGAGCUUUUUGCUAAAAAACACUACCCUAAUGCAUGGCCAUUUUAUAAUCCAGUAGAUGUGGAUCAACUUAAACUACCCGAUUAUUAUGAUGUGAUCAAACAUCCAAUGGAUUUGAAUACGGUCAAAAGAAAACUAGAAGCACGUGAAUAUAAGAAACCUGGUGAAUUUGCUGCCGAUAUAAGGCUAAUAUUUACAAACUGUUAUAAAUAUAAUUCACCUGAUCAUCAAGUUGUUAAUAUGGGUCGAAAAUUACAGGAUGUGUUUGAAAUGAGAUAUGCCAAAAUGCCAGAUUUUGAGGAUCAUAGCGAUGAAAGUGGUGAUGAAGGUGGUACAUCCGACAGUAAUCAUUCCUCAUCAUCAUGUUCGGAUAGUUCCGAUAGUGAAGAUGAAAAUGAACGACGUAAUGCAUUGAAAACCCUACAAGAACAAUUGAAAAAAUUGACCGAACAAGUACAACAAUUGGCUAAACAAUCAGAGAGAAGUAGUAAGAAAAAGAAACAUAAAUCCAAAGUUAGUAAAACGGAUCGUAAAGAACGUGGUGGUGGUAAUAGCGGUGGUGUCAAAGUAGAAGUUAAUGAUGAUUUGGAUGCCGCUUUUAAUCACCAUCAUCAUCAUACCGCUGGUAAUCAGACUAAUUCUGCAUCAAUUAAUUCACAAUUUCCAAUCAAUGCUUUUGGUAUGAAUGAUGCGUUUGGUGGCGGAAUCAGUAGUGGUUCUAAUGCUAUAAAUUCCAAUAGUGUCAAUAGUAAAAAAACCAAGACGACAAAUAAAACGAAUCGUAAAUCAUCUAAAGCUGCAACUGUACCUCAGAAUUUGAAUCGAAUCGAUUCAGAAGAAGAAGAUAAUGCUCGUCCGAUGAGCUAUGAUGAAAAACGACAGCUUAGCCUCGACAUUAACAAAUUACCUGGUGACAAACUCGGUAAAGUUGUACAGAUUAUCCAACAACGUGAACCAACAUUAAGGGAUUCAAAUCCGGAUGAGAUUGAAAUUGAUUUCGAAACAUUAAAGCCUUCUACAUUACGUGAAUUGGAAAGCUAUGUAGCCAGUUGUUUGAAAAAGAAAAAUACCACGAUAAAAGAUAAAAGGCCAAGUAAAGCAAAAGAAGAUACGGAAAAGAAAAAACAGGAAAUUGAGAAACGCCUUAAUGAUAAUGGACAAUUAACGGCCAAUAAGAAAAAUAAAAAAGAUCCAUAUGCAUUCACCGAAGAAGAAAAUGGUGUUAGAUUAAGUGAAUCAAGUUCGAGUGAUAGUGAUUCGAGCAGCGAUAGUAGCUCAUCAUCAAGUUCAUCAUCGGACAGUUCUGAUUCUGAAUCAGAAUCACCGAAGAAAAAAGGAAGCCAAAACAAUCAGGCCGGUAGUCAAUAUAAUGCACCACAACAUGCACCUACAUUUCCCGGAACAUUACCGAUAAAUUCUCCCUAUACACAGCCAUCUUCAUUUCCAAAUAAUUCAUCCGGAAGUGGUGGUAUUGUUUCCAGUGUAUCAACGAUUGGAAUUCAGCCACCAACAUCAUCAAAUAUAGCACCACCACCACCGCCGCCCUCAUCAGCAUUACCAUCGAUAGGGCAAUCAUCACAUCAUGCUCAUCCAUUAUUACCUAUUUUAAAUGUUGGUAUACAAGAGCCUUUUAAUAUGAAUUCUGGUCUUCAGCCACCACCAACAUCAUCAUCAUCAUUGACUAAGAAUAUUCCAUCCCAAUCUCAACCACCACCACCACCACCAAAUUCUUCAUCGUCCAUUAAUUCGGCCGGUGGUAGUGGUAAUCGUGCUGUAGCACAACCAUCACUUCGUAAAUCUAAUUCAUCAUCUAUACAUCAAUUAUCAUCGCCAUCAUUUCAAAAUUCUCAACAUACAUCAUCAUCUUCAUCAACACAUUUUAAAAAUGCCAAUGUUUUACCACGAGAAUCAUCAUCCGGUUCUUCAUUAAUAUCCAAAAUAAAGGAAGAGCCAAGUAGCCGUAUAAAUGAUCCAGACUUUGUGGCUUAUAAAUCUAAAACCAGCAAUAAUGUCAAUCAAACUAUGGACAAAAAAGAUUCAAAAUCAUCGAUGAAUCUAAUGUCGAAUUCUGGUUUAUCUUCAAAGAAAACGGCUCCUACGACGGACCCCAAGCAAAAAUCAAUGACCUCUUGGUCCAGUCAAACAUCAAGUAGCAGUUCAAAUACUGGAUUCUUGCCUAAAGCAAGCACUGAAAAUACUUUUGAACAAUUUCGUAAACAAGCCAAAGAGAAAGAGAAUCGUGAAAAACAAUUAAAAGUAGCACAGGAACGUAAACAAGAACAGCGGCAACGGUUAGAAAAACAUAACAUCAUUAAAGAAGAAGAAGAAUUGAACUCAACACAAGUGGAUAGAACGCGUAAACAUAAUCCAUAUGAUGAUAUUGCUCGCCAUGGUAAAUCCACUAAUUCAUCACCGGCAUCGGAUUCGAAUUCAAUGUCACCUGCAUUUACAAAUUCGGUAUCUGAACGUGAACGUCAACGACAACGGGAACAGGAACGUCGCCGUCGUGAAGCUAUUGCAUCACAAAUCGACAUGAAUCGUCAAAGUGACAUCAUGGCCAAUUUUGAGGAAAUGUUAUGAAGAAUUUUCGGAUCAAGAAUGUGUUAUCAUUCACUCAUUUUUGAUUCUUUAAUAAAAACAACACACUCGUUUUUGGCGAUUCUUUUUUACCUAUUCAUAAUUUCAAACAACUAAUCGAUUUUUUGUAUAUUAUAUUUGUACGAUAAUAUUAAUUCAAAGAAACUAAUUUUUCUCAUCUUUACUUAUCGUACCACCAUCAUCAUCAGAAAAAAUGAAACAUUAGAUUCAUAAGCAGCGUCUUCAUAAUCAUUAUUCUUCAUUGUUUUUUUUUUGCUAAUAACAUAAUUCAUUCUGAAUAUUGAAUGUACUUCAUUAAUAUACUGGCUAACUCUUUAUUUUUUUUUCAUCUGUAAUAUAUAAUAAUUUGAAAUCAACAUUCAUGAUCAACAAGCGAAUAUUUUUUUUUCUUUUCUCUCUUGAAUGAUAAUCAACCAUAAAUUGAUGAUCACCUAAUUAAUUUAGAGUUAUUGUAUCCUUCUAUACUCUAUUUAUUUAUUAUCGAUGCAUGAUUAUGAAUUCGGAUUUUUUUUCGGUCAGUUUUCAACACUGUAUUUUUUCUCAUUUUUUUUUCUUUUGCUAUAUAAUGAAUUAGGAGAAUCGAGAUCAUUUUUUUUCAUAAUAAAUAAUACAAUAUAUUUAAUUGUACAAUUUUUCUUUGCCCCAAAUUAUUGAUUACAUUCAAAUAAAAUCCCAAUUCGUAAAUAUAAGGACGAUACUGAAAACUAAUU